GACGAGUGUACAGUGUGCAUUGUGAGUAUAAACCAGUGAACGAAUGGAUGACAUCCAGUUGUAGACUAUAUAGGGGGUAAGGAGCGAUUUAAACACUCCGCCCGCUGCUAUGGCAUCGACAGGAAGUACAACGUAGAAAUCAGGAAGGAGUCAAUCAGGGAGACAUUUUUAAAAGACCACUAUGAGGAACAACCAAACAGACACCUAAACAAGCACAUGGCUCUAAUACAGUGAAUAUGGAGGUCCCUUCCUACCUGUCCCGUCUCUUGUCCGAGCUGAACGAACAGCGUAAGAGGGACUUCUUCUGUGACUGCAGCAUCAUAGUAGAGGGACGUGUUUUUAAAGCCCAUCGUAAUAUUCUCUUCGCCAGCAGUGGUUAUUUUCGGGCGCUGCUGGUGCAUUACCUGCAGGACAAUGGUCAGAGACACAGCACUGCCUCCCUGGACAUCGUCACAGCCGAGGCGUUCUCCUUCAUCCUAGACUUUCUGUAUUCAGGUCACCUGGACCUGCGUAGCAACAAUGUCAUUGAAAUAAUGUCAGCUGCGAGCUACCUGCAGAUGACCGACGUGGUGAACUUUUGCAAGGGCUACAUCAAGUCAUCCCUGGAGAUCUGUAACAGGGAGAGGGAGAGACACAAGGACUUCAGUGACAGUGAAAACCCAGUUUCAGCCAUUAGUGCUCCUGUGGCGUCCACUUCUGAUGCCGACCAAAGGACCUGUCAGGUCAGCGAGGCCCUUAGCCCUGAUGACGCCCCAACAGCUGCUGUCUGCACACCAGUGGCCUCCAGUAGUAAAGACUCCGAAGGGGAAAACUCCAAUGGAGCUUUUCUCAACCAUCCUCCCAUGAAUGCUCCACUGAAGAUCAGUCCAGGCCCAGAUUUAGUCAACUCAUCCACCCCAGGAUUGCUUCUAGGUUUGGUGCAUCCCAAAAUAGAGUAUGACCCUGAUGAGGAAGGCGAAUCUUCAAGGGAAUCCAAAGACACGACUCUUUAUCACGGCCCAAAUCAGGACGAGGAGAGAACUGUUAACACUAGCCCAGCUCCAAGCACUGAGCAUUCCUCCGUAUCAUUUGCUAAUUGCCCAAUGAAGCAGUUUCCAGAUGUGCUGUUCAGAGCCGGGAUGAACCCUAACCGUGAUGAACACUUCUCCCAGAGUUUCGGGUACGUAGGUGGGUUCGGCCGUGGCGAUGACAUGCUCGGUCCUGCGGGGCCCUAUGGGAUGGAGAUUCAGAAUGACUGGUAUGGGGAUGAUCCAGGAAGGCUGCACAGAUGUCCAUUCUGUCCGUACACGGCCAAACAGAAGGGUAUUUUGAAGAGGCACAUCCGCUGCCACACAGGAGAAAGGCCGUAUCCUUGUGAGGUCUGCGGCAAACGUUUCACAAGACAAGAACAUCUUCGCACUCAUGCAAUUUCUGUCCAUCGCUCCACCUGGCCCAUUGUGUGCAAAGGCUGUCGUCGAGUUUUCUCAGGCAUUGUGUCCCAGGGAAUGAAGCGAUUUGGACUCUGUGAUGGCUGCACCUUUGUUACUACAACCAGUGAGGAUCCCUCCUCUAUGAACCUCAGCAUCCAGUCUGAGUCUAUGGAGAGGGGCACUAGAGACUCUGACUGGCCCGUGUUUAUGGUGGAAGGGGAUGAAGCGGAGGCGAGCGCUAGUACUGCUGGACAAGAUGAUAAGCAGAAUGUUGCAAAGCAGCUUUCAGAGAAUGGCACUCUAUUGUAGAUUCAUUACACAGCUGGACUUGGAUCCUUAUCAAAUAUAUGACAAAAAAGGAGUAUGUAAGAGCCUAAAGGAGGGUGUGUUCAGCAUUCUACCGUUAACAAACUACCAGUUUAGUCACUUUUUCUUAUUAUUAUUUGUGGGUUAGAAAAGAUGGUUAAUUAUUUUGUGCAAUUAAAAGAUUAAUUUGUAUUGGAAACUACACUGGACAGCUGGAAAAGCUGUCAAACAUUAUGUUUGGGUUUAGUACAAAUCCGCAUUGGCUACUCAUGGAUUAUGAACAUAUUUUCCUGUAUGACAAUGAGGCCACAACAGAUUUUAAUGUGUUGUGGCAGUUGUGUGAAUAAAUAUUUUUAUGCUUUAAAGCAGAGGUGCCCAAACUCGGUCCUGGAGGGCUGGUGUCCUGCAGAGUUUAGCUCCAACUUGCCUUAAC